UACUAAUAUAAGACGUGUAUUAUAUAAAAAGAUUACAAAGUUUACAGAAAAUGCAGAAGAUGCAAUGAAUAUAAUUUCUUAUUUAAACAUAAAACAAAAACAACCAGGAGUAUUUUCUUUUAUACUUCCUUUGCAAACAAAACAGUAUAAUUUCAAAAACAACAUUGAAACUAUAUUAAAUUCUGACAUAAAAUCAGAUUUAAGCAAUAUUACUGUUGAAAGGGAUAUAUUAUCUUUCAAUGUAUUAAGAGAAGAUUACAUUAAGCAGCUUCUCGAAAGCAAUUACCACAAAGUUGAUUCUUCGAUGCUUAUUGAUUACAGUAAAAAUGUAAUAGUUGAAUUUAGUUCACCGAAUAUUGCAAAACCAUUUCAUUUAGGACAUUUACGUUCAACUAUUAUAGGAAACUAUAUUGCCAAUAUAAAUAGUUAUUUGGGUAAUAAUGUGAAGAGAAUAAAUUAUUUAGGUGAUUGGGGUACUCAAUAUGGCUUUACUCAGGUUGGUAUAGAAAUGUCUAAUUUUGAUAACAAGAACAUACAAAAUGACGCCAUAAAAAGUUUGUACAAUGCUUACGUACUUGCCAAUAAAUCGGCUGAAAAUGAUAUUAGUAUUUCUAAUAAAGCUAGACAAAUCUUUAGACAGUUAGAAACUGGAGAAAGUACUGCAUACAAAGAAUGGGAAUUAUUUAGAAAAUAUACAAUUAAGGAUUUAAAAAAAACUUACGGAAGAAUAGGUAUUACUUUUGAUGAAUAUCAUUGGGAAUCUAUGUACAGAAUAACUAAUCUAAAAGAAGUAAUAUCGUUAAUGGAAAAUAUGAAUUUAUUGGAAUACGAUAAAGAAAAUAGAAAAGUAAUACGAUUAGAUGUAGAUAAAGUUAUACCUAUUAUUAAAAGUGAUGGAACGUCAUUGUAUUUAACGAGAGAUGUGGGAGCAGCUAUCGACAGGUAUAAAAAAUAUAAAUUUGAUAUGAUGUAUUAUGUCGUUGACCAAACACAAAGUAAACAUUUUACAAAUCUAAUAGAAAUAUUACAUAAAAUGAAUAUGUCUUGGGCAGAGAAAUUAAAACAUAUAAGAUAUGGACGUGUAAUUGGUAUGAGUACUAGAAAAGGUACAGCUAUAUUUUUACAUGAUAUUUUAAAUGAAAUUAAAGAUGUUGCGAGAGAAAAGCAAAUUCAAUCUCCCACAACUAAAGUUUCUUUGGAUUUGUCCGAUAACAGUUCAGAUAUAUUAGGAAUUUCUGCUGUAAUAAUUAAUGAUCUAAAACAAAGGAGGCAACGAGAUUAUACAUUCAAUUGGGAUACAGCAUUUAACAUAAAAGGAGAUACUGGUGUAAAACUGCAGUAUGUCCAUUGUCGACUUUGUAGCUUAGAAAAAAACUCUGGUGUUACUCUUCCAACUGAAUGCUAUCCGUCAGUUUUAAAAGAACCAGUAGUGGAUGACUUGAUAUGUAUAAUUAGUAACUUUGAAAAUAUAGUAUUAAGAUCUUAUCAAGAUUUAGAACCAUGUAUUUUAGUCGGUUAUCUUUUUAAACUGAGCUAUACUAUCAACAAAGCUUUUGAGACAUUGCAAGUUAAAGGUGAAACCGCAGAUAUUAGCAAUCAAAGACUACUUCUUUUCCAUGUAGCAAAAAACGUCCUUGCACAAGGGAUGAAGUUACUUGGUUUAACACCUCUAAGCAAAAUGUAAAAUGAAGCUUAUCGCAAGAUAUCAAAUGUAUUAUAAAUACUGUGAAAAGAGAUUAGAAGUUCUUUUUUAUCUAAUAUUUAUAAAUGUUCUCAUUUGAUGAAUAUAUACCAACUGUUGUAUCUGAUAUACAUUAAUAUUCAAAU